GGGCGUGUCUGGGGUGUAGCCCCGGGGCUGUGGCACCGCCCCCUGAAGUUAAAGCCGGCCCUGGCUGGAGCAGGCCUGGGAGAGGGACGCUGGUUCAGACAGGCGGUGGCUGGGAGCGCAGUCCCACAGCACAGGGCUUCUGGACUGGCCCAAGGCCCUGGCAGUGCCCCAUGCAGCUGAUGACCUCAGCAUGGAUUUGAACUCAGGGUCUCCACCAGGCAUUGAGCCUUGCUACACAAAUCAUGGGUACCAGCCGGAACACCUGCACUCUGCACAGCUGCCCACGGCGCCCAGCAUCUAUGCAGUGUAUCCACCUCAGCACUACCCGCCAGCCGUACCCCAGUACACUCCGAGGGUUCCCACGCAUGCCCCGACACACGUCCUCCACAGGCGGCCCAAGUCCUCGGGAACUUGCACCCCAAAGACAAAAUGGCAACUGUGCCUGGUCCUGGGUGCCAUCCUGGUGGCCAUCCUGCUGACUGGCAUCCUGCUGUGGAAGCUCCUCCGUGAGUGCUUGGAAAAAGAUUGCUCCGUGUCUGGGAUGAAAUGCGGCAGCUCGGGGAUCUGUGUCAGUGCCUCCCUCUGGUGCGAUGGUGCCGAGCAGUGCCCUAAUGGGGAGGACGAGAACCGGUGUGUUCGCCUCUACGGGCCCAACUUCAUCCUCCAAGUCUACUCGUCGAAGAGGAAGUCCUGGUACCCCGUGUGCUACGAUGACUGGAGCGAGAGCUACGCACGGGUGGCCUGCAUGGACAUGGGCUACGGGAACAGUUUUUAUUCUACCCGAGGAGUAGCAGAUGACAGCGGGGCAACCAGCUUUAUGAAGCUCAACAGGAGCUCCAGCAGCACCAACUUCUAUAAAAAGCUGACUCUCAGUGACACCUGCUCCUCCAGAAGCAUGGUCUCCCUGCGCUGUGUAGAGUGUGGAGUCCGCUCACCCGCCAUCCAGAGCAGGAUCGUGGGUGGCUCAGCUGCCUCACUGGGCCAGUGGCCAUGGCAGGUCAGCCUGCAUGUGCAGGGCGUCCAUGUGUGCGGAGGAUCCAUCCUCACACCCCAGUGGAUCGUGACAGCUGCUCACUGUGUGGAAGGGCCUCUCAAUAAUGCGCGGUACUGGACGGUGUUUGCGGGCAUCCUGAAGCAGUCCCUCAUGUUCUAUGGAAAUGCCAUCCACGUGGAGAAAGUGAUCCCGCACCCCAGUUAUGAUUCCACCAGCAAGAACUACGACAUUGCUCUGUUCAAGCUGCAGACACCGCUCUCUUUCAGUGACAGUGUGAAGCCUGUAUGCCUGCCCAACCCUGGCCUGGGGCUGAAUCCCGAGCAGCAGUGCUGGAUUUCUGGCUGGGGGGCCACCUAUGAGAAAGGGAAGACCUCGAAUGAGCUGAACUCUGCCUCAGUGUCCCUCAUUGAAAACUCCAAGUGCAACAGCAAGUUAAUCUACAACAACCUAAUCACACCCGAGAUGAUCUGCGCGGGCAUCCUGGUGGGCGGGGUGGACUCCUGCCAGGGUGACAGCGGUGGCCCGCUGGUCACAAAUAAGAAUGGCAUCUGGUGGCUGAUCGGAGACACGAGCUGGGGGUCUGGCUGCGCCCAGCCAUUCAGACCUGGGGUGUACGGGAACGUAUCGGUGUUCACGGACUGGAUCUACCAGCAGAUGCGGGCCCUGAGAUCCACACAGGAGGAAGAGUCAUCCCUGCGUGCUACAGAGCUUGCUGGCCCAGCCCUGAGGACCCCAUAUCAUCCUGGGGAGAAGCAGCUUUCUGCCGCUGUGUCCUGACACGCACCCCAUUUCUUGGUCCUUUUGAACAGGUGAACAGCUAAUCCUGGGGCUCCACCAUAACAUCCAGCCGGGAACCAGCUGCAGGCAUGGGGCUGGGGGGCUGACUUAACUCCCAGCAGCUGCUCCUUCUCUCUCAGUAAACACUGAUUGCUGACUGCACUGUCCCUGUGCUAUGCAGGCUGUGGUACCCUCUGCUACCUGCAGCGCUUGACCCCUGCCUGUAAGUGGGGACCAGGCCCCAGUUGCAGGCCAGGGCCAAGGACAGAGGUGCUGCCCCCCUGGAUGCUCCUCCCAAAUUUGUUUUGUGAGGGCCUGGAUGGUGGCCUCUCAGUGACCAGAUGGCCGAGGCAGAAAGGGGACAGCCCAGGCAGGUACUUGGGCCAGAGAACAUCACCUCAAGGGAUGGCCAACUGGGAGGCCUGUGGCCUGGCCCUCUGUGACCAGUCUGGUUUGCUAAUUUAUUUUUUCAUGCUCCUGGGGCCUUUGCACUGAGCUACAUCCCCAGCCCUUUUUAAAAAUUUGUAUUUUGAGACAAGAUUUUGCUAAGUUGUCCAGCGUGGACCUGCAACUGAGAUCCUCCUGUGUCAGCCUCCCAGCUUGCUGGGAUCCCAGGCACCCACCAUUGUGGCUGGCCUGGUCUGGUUAUUUGUUUUGUGGGUUUGUUCGCUGCUCUGAGUGGUGACACUAGCUGGAAAUGAGCCACAAAUGAAAGGCCCAGCCCCUCAUGGGUGCCUUGGGAGGAUGGCGGAAACCAUUCACUCCCAGGCUGAGACAGGAAGUGAAGGCAAAAGCAGGCCCGUGCCCUGUGUCUGCUGCAAGGCUUGGAGGGGCUCCCUUUGGGGAUACUCAGCAUGGCCCCAGGCCACCUCGCCAACACCCUGUAGCCCCAGCUCUUCUAGGCAAAGGGCAGGACCAGGCUACUUGAGGAGCUUGUGGCCCUCUGGUAUGUCGAGACAGGGUCCAUGGUGAGCAUGGGCUCCCGAUGCCCUGGGACCUCGUCAGCUCCUCCUCUCGCUACCUCAAUACCUGGAGCGCUGCGCAGUGGUGCCCUCCGGGGAGGGCGGCAGCCUCUCUUUCUGAAGUUGCCCCUGUGGGCUCCACUCGAGACUGUCAGCUCCACUGUGACCUGAGGCUCUGCAUGAGGCAGAGAAGACAGAGCACAGGAAGCUGCUCCGUGGGUCCCUCCAGCCCCGGGCUUGCAGGAAACCAGGGGCCAUGCUGGCAUCGUUAUACGUGCUCAUGAGCCCUGGACCAUGGGCACAGCUCUGCACAUGGGCUCUGGGGGCGACACAGGGACCGUGCCUUGGGGAUGGGGUGCUCCUUCCAGGCUGGCCUCUGUGGGAGCAGCACCCCGGCCCUCCUGAGAUGCAGCCACCCAAGACACUGCCAACCUGUGGGACAGAAGCUUGUCCCCUGCUCGUGACUGCUCUGAGAUUCACUUGUGAAGUAUUUGUGCAAAUAAAAUCUCUAAUUUUUCCAGUA